AUGCAGAACACCGCCACCGCCUCAGGGGGGGGAACAGCCUUCCGAUUUGCUGACGGCGCAGCGAAGUGGACGUUGUGGCAGCUAUGCGACUCAGGCUUGCCCACCGGCGGCUUUGCGCACUCCGGGGGGCUGGAGGCAGCGGCAGCGCAGGGGAUCGUCAGAGCUAAGCAUACCGGGAGCCUUCUCCGGUUUGUCCGCGGCGCCUUGGCCAACGCCGCCUCCUUGCAACUCCCGUUGCUGCGGGAAGCGCGGAGGGCGCGCACGCUGGAAGCUUGGUUGGAGGUUGACUCCGUUGCUCACGCCUGCAUCACGGCGGAGGCGGCGAGGAGGGCCUCUCUGGCGCAGGGGGCGGGGCUCCUUCGGGCGGCUCAGGCAAUGUUCCCCCUCGGGGAAGAAUGCGGCGCAAUUAUCAGCGAGUUCCGGGCUUUGGUCCGACGGGGAGGAUCAGCCGCAUUCUCCGAAGCCGGCGGGGGCGGCGGCGAUCAGGCAACGAGCGAGGGAAAAAGCGGCCGAAAUGGGACGGAGAAAUCUCGUGCCAGUAAGAAGAAGGCUGGCGCGGCGUCGGCGCUCGUGACCGCUAGGGGACACCACUCUCCGGCCUUCGGAGUGGUGUGCGGGGCUCUCGGCAUCGAGGAGGACGAGGCGGCGCGGGCCUUCAUGUUCCUCGUGGCCAGAGACGUCUUGUCCGCGGCGACGAGGUUGUCCUUGAUAGGCCCGCUGGAGGCGGGCAGGCUCGUCAGCAACCUCUCCGGGUACGUUGAAACCCUGCUAAGGGUGGGAGAUGUCGGAGAUGUCGGAGAUGUCGGAGAUCCGACGGGGGGGGGCAGUGGCAGAGACGACGACAGCACUGAAGAAGGAACGGAUGCGCCGGGGCGGUUAUUGUCAGAAGAGUGGGGCGGGGGAGGCGGGGUCGCUGGCCGCGUCUGUCAGGUCGACCCGGUGCAAGACAUCGUGCAGGGGUUGCACGACAGGCUGUACUCACGCAUGUUCAACAGCUAG